AUGUCAUCGAAAAGUACAUCAAGUAAAAAGAGUGUUAAUUCGCUUUCUUCAACUCAAGUCGAAACACCAAAACCAAAAUGGAUGUUCGGAAUUUCGCCAAUCUCAUCGACAUCUUCAACAAAUCGUUGCUGUCGAAUUUGUCAAAUGUCAGAAGAUGGAAUUUCGAUGGUUAGACCGUGUGAUUGUUCGGGUACUGUAGGUGAUGUUCAUGUUGAAUGUUUGACAAAAUGGGUGAAUAUGUCGGGCAAAAAAGAUUGUGAAAUUUGUAAGGCGACUUAUGCGAAAAGUGGAGAAGUUUUCAAGCCGAUUCGAAAAUGGACAAGACCUACACAUAUUUUUUCGGUGAGUGCUUCGAGGUUCUUCACAAUAAGCCUUUCUAAUUUCAGAGCCUCUACAGUAUUCUGUUAUUCAUCGCGUUCAUUCUUCUCUCCCUCUAUUUGGUAUUUUUGAUGAAUGAAAGAUGUUUUUAUGAUCGAAUUAUCAAUCAGAAAAUGUUCUGGAGACCAGACGACACUGGUCGAGCAUGUAAGUUUCUCUUUCCAGAGAUUUUCUCACUACCAAAUCCAAUUUACAUAAUCUUUUCCAGGUGUUCUUGCAAUUCUUGUCACAACUGCUCUUAUCAAUCUACUCGCAAUCGCAGCCGAUUUUAUAAAAUAUCUGAAAAGUCAGCGCGAAAUUCGCUUUAUAAAUAAACAUGAAUAA